AUGUUGCAAACAAGUGCAGCGAUCUUUCUGUUCGGAGUGUUGGCCAUCAGCAACGUAUUCGGGGCCGCCUUGAAUGAUAACAUCGACAUCGACAUCAAGGUUGACACGGAUUCGAAGCUCUACCAUCAGGGCAAGACGGUGGAAGGAUCGUUCAACUAUGGGUACGUCGUGCCACGCCAGAACUACAACCAGUUCCAGCACAAAGUCAAGGGCCCGGACGACGUCACAUAUGGGUGCUACGGGUUUGUGGACCCCCAGAACGGUACCCACCUGUACCACUACGUGUCCGACAUGACGGGCUAUCGGGUGGUGGCACCGAACAAGCCGACCACCGUCUACUCGGCCCACGUGGCCAACAGUGUCGCAGGCAUCUAUGACGCCACCGGGAUAAAGUACGAUUGGGACGAUCUCUACCUGCCCGACGUUUGCCGCGUGCUGCAAAACAGCAAGGAUGAGCGCAACGAGCUGUCGAUUCCGGAAGGGUUCCGGGUGAACGACGAUGGAACGGUGACGCAGACGACUCAAGCUCCGCCGCCCACCAGCCGUAGGCCAGAGCCUGCCAGUACAGUGAGAACUACUACACCUCCGACGACCCCCAGACCAACGACUCCCCGACCAACAACUGCCAGACCAACGACUCCGCGACAGACAACUGCCAGACCAACGACUCCUCGGCCAACAACUGCCAGACCAACGACUCCGCCACAGACAACUGCUAGACCAACGACUCCCCGACCAACAACUGCUAGACCGACGCCAGCACGAACUGCAGCACCCCGGCAAUCAACGCAGGCACCUUCUCCAUCCACUACUCGUCCCCGGACGGCACCAGCCACGACUGCGACACGACAACCGACCGAACCGCGCCAAGAACCGCCGGCCACCACCCGACGUCCGGCACCGACAACUCCACGGCCAACGCCUAAAAAAAGCAACGCCGAGCAGCCAACCAAAACCAGCGGCAACAAGUUUGGACCACCGAACGGUGAUAAUCUAAUCGGACAACCGACAAACAAUCUCGUCCAGAAGCCCCCUCGUGAUCUGGAUGCGGUUGGCUACGAGAUUCAGGAGCUGCGAACGAUGCUCCAGAUGUUACUGAAACAGUUGGGCCCUUCCCGGUCGUCAGGACCGGCUGGGGACUGUGGAGAUGAGGGGCUCGGUGCGGUCGAUCCGAACGCAAAGCAAGUGUUCCUGCCGCUCGUCAUUGUCGAUAGUCUCCCGGGGGCGAAGUCAGCGCAGAGCAGUGGUCUACCGCCCGGUAGUCAGUUUGCCAUUCCGUCCGUCGGGUACGGGUCGCCUUCGUCGCGGUGUGGUAACUGUGGUUGA